CCACCUACCCCCCCGCCGCUCCAGAGGGGGCUAGCAGAGCUGAGGACGCGCGCAGCGCUGCUCAAGGUCUCUCUCUCUCCGCGCCCUCGCCGGCCGGCAUCUGACGCGGGUGCCAGGGUCUCCGGGCACCUUUCAGUGUCCAUUCCCUCAGCCAGCCAGGACUCCGCAACCCAGCAGCUGCCGCUGCGGCCACAGCCCGAGGGGACCUGCGGACAGGACGCCGGCAGGAGGAGGGGUGCGCAGCGCCCGCGCAGAGCGUCUCCCUCGCUGCGCAGCGAGACCCGGGCCUCCCAGCCCCAGGAGCCUCCAGCUGCCUCGCCAGGUGUGUGGGACUGAAGUUCUUGGAGAAGGGAGUCCAACUCUUCAAGGUGAACUAUGACCACUUUACUCUGGGUUUUCGUGACUCUGAGGGUCAUUGCUGCAGCUGUCACUGUAGAAACUUCAGACCAUGACAACUCGCUGAGUGUCAGCAUCCCCCAACCAUCCCCUCUGAGGGUCCUCCUGGGGACCUCCCUCACCAUCCCCUGCUAUUUCAUCGACCCCAUGCACCCUGUGACCACCGCCCCCUCUACUGCCCCCCUGGCCCCAAGAAUCAAGUGGAGCCGUGUGUCCAAGGAGAAGGAGGUAGUGCUGCUGGUGGCCACUGAAGGGCGCGUGAGGGUCAACAGUGCCUACCAGGACAAAGUCUCGCUGCCCAACUACCCGGCCAUCCCCAGUGACGCCACCUUGGAAAUCCAGAGCCUGCGCUCCAAUGACUCUGGGGUCUACCGCUGCGAGGUGAUGCAUGGCAUCGAGGACAGCGAGGCCACCCUGGAGGUUGUGGUGAAAGGCAUCGUGUUCCAUUACAGAGCCAUCUCUACACGCUACACCCUCGACUUUGACAGGGCGCAGCGGGCCUGCCUGCAGAACAGUGCCAUCAUUGCCACACCCGAGCAGCUGCAGGCCGCCUACGAAGACGGCUUCCACCAGUGUGAUGCCGGCUGGCUGGCUGACCAGACUGUCAGAUACCCCAUCCACACUCCCCGGGAAGGCUGCUAUGGAGACAAGGAUGAGUUUCCUGGUGUGAGGACGUAUGGCAUCCGAGACACCAACGAGACCUAUGACGUGUACUGCUUCGCCGAGGAGAUGGAGGGUGAGGUCUUUUAUGCAACAUCUCCAGAGAAGUUCACCUUCCAGGAAGCAGCCAAUGAGUGCCGGCGGCUGGGUGCCCGACUGGCCACCACGGGCCAGCUCUACCUGGCCUGGCAGGCUGGCAUGGACAUGUGCAGUGCCGGCUGGCUGGCCGACCGCAGCGUGCGCUACCCCAUCUCCAAGGCCCGGCCCAACUGCGGUGGCAACCUCCUGGGCGUGAGGACCGUCUACCUUCACGCCAACCAGACGGGCUACCCUGACCCCUCAUCCCGCUACGACGCCAUCUGCUACACAGGUGAAGACUUUGUGGACAUCCCAGAAAAUUUCUUUGGAGUAGGGGGUGAGGAGGACAUCACCGUCCAGACAGUGACCUGGCCUGACAUGGAGCUGCCACUGCCUCGAAACAUCACUGAGGGUGAAGCCCGAGGCAGUGUGAUCCUUACUGUAAAGCCCAUCUUCGAUGUCUCCCCCAGUCCCCUGGAACCUGAGGAGCCCUUCACGUUUGCCCCUGAAAUAGGGGCCACUGCCUUCCCUGAGGUUGAGAAUGAGACUGGAGAGGCCACCAGGCCCUGGGGCUUUCCCACACCUGGCCUGGGCCCUGCCACAGCAUUCACCAGUGAGGACCUCGUCGUGCAGGUGACCGCUGUCCCUGGGCAGCCGCAUUUGCCAGGGGGGGUCGUAUUCCACUACCGCCCAGGAUCCACCCGCUACUCGCUGACCUUUGAGGAGGCGCAGCAGGCCUGCCUGCGCACCGAGGCAGUCAUUGCCUCACCAGAGCAGCUCCAGGCUGCCUACGAAGCAGGCUAUGAGCAGUGUGACGCCGGCUGGCUGAGGGACCAGACCGUCAGAUACCCCAUUGUGAGCCCACGGACCCCAUGCGUGGGUGACAAGGACAGCAGCCCAGGGGUCAGGACGUACGGCGUGCGCCCGUCAACAGAGACCUACGAUGUCUACUGCUAUGUGGACAGACUUGAGGGGGAGGUGUUCUUCGCCACACGUCUUGAGCAGUUCACCUUCCAGGAAGCACUGGAGUUCUGUGAAUCUCACAAUGCCACGCUGGCCACCACGGGCCAGCUCUACGCCGCCUGGAGCCGCGGCCUGGACAAGUGCUAUGCUGGCUGGCUGGCCGAUGGCAGCCUCCGCUACCCCAUCGUCACCCCAAGGCCUGCCUGCGGUGGGGACAAACCAGGCGUGAGAACGGUCUACCUCUACCCUAACCAGACGGGCCUUCCGGACCCACUGUCCCGGCACCAUGCCUUCUGCUUCCGAGGGGUUUCGGCGGUUCCUUCUCCAGGAGAAGAAGAGGGUGGCACACCCACAUCACCCUCUGGUGUGGAGGACUGGAUCGCUACCCAAGUGGUGCCUGGUGUGGCUGCUGUCCCUGUAGAAGAGGAGACAACUGCUGUACCCUUAGGGGAGACUACUGCCAUCCUAGAGUUCACCACUGAGCCAGAAAACCAGACAGAAUGGGAACCAGCCUACACCCCAAUGGGCACAUCCCCGCUGCCAGGGAUCCUUCCUACUUGGCCUCCCACUGGCACAGCAACAGAGGAAAGCACAGAAGGCCCUUCUGCAACUGAAGUGCUUACUGCCUCAAAGGAACCAUCCCCCCCAGAGGUGCCAUUCCCCUCGGAGGAGCCAUCACCCUCAGAGGAACCAUUCCCCUCAGUGAGGCCAUUCCCCUCAGAGGAGCCGUCCCCCUCGGAGGAGCCAUUCCCCUCCAAGGAGCCGUCCCCCUCAGAGGAGCCAUCAGCCUCAGAAGAGCCAUAUACACCUUCACCCCCGGUGCCCAGCUGGACUGAGCUGCCAGGCUCUGGGGAGGAAUCUGGGGCCCCUGAUGUCAGUGGUGACUUCAUAGGCAGUGGAGACGUUUCAGGACACCUUGACUUCAGUGGGCAGCUGUCAGGGGACAGGGCAAGUGGACUGCCCUCUGGAGACCUUGACUCCAGUGGUCUUACUUCCACAGUGGGUUCAGGCCUGCCUGUGGACAGUGGACUAGCCUCAGGGGAUGAAGAGAGAAUUGAGUGGUCCAGCACUCCUACAGUUGGUGAACUGCCCUCUGGAGCUGAGAUCCUAGAGGGCUCUGCCUCUGAAGUUGGGGACCUCAGUGGACUUCCUUCUGGAGAAGUUCUAGAGACUUCUGCCUCUGGAGUAGGAGACCUCAGUGGGCUUCCUUCUGGAGAAGUUCUAGAGACUUCUGCCUCUGCAGUAGGAGAUCUCAGUGGGCUUCCUUCUGGAGAAGUUCUAGAGACUUCUACCUCUGGAGUAGGAGACCUCAGUGGACUUCCUUCUGGAGAAGUUCUAGAGACUUCUACCUCUGGGGUAGGGGACCUUAGUGGACUGCCUUCUGCAGGAGAAGUUCUAGAGACUACUGCCUCUGGAGUAGAGGACAUCAGCGGGCUUCCUUCUGGAGAAGUUCUAGAGACUACUGCCUCUGGAGUAGAGGACAGUGGGCUUCCUUCUGGAGAAGUUCUAGAGACUACUGCCUCUGGAGUAGAGGACAUCAGUGGGCUUCCUUCUGGAGAAGUUCUAGAGACUACUGCCUCUGGAGUAGAGGACAUCAGUGGGCUUCCUUCUGGAGAAGUUCUAGAGACUACUGCCUCUGGAGUAGGAGACCUCGGUGGGCUUCCUUCUGGAGAAGUUCUAGAGACUUCUACCUCUGGAGUAGGAGACCUCGGUGGACUUCCUUCUGGAGAAGUUGUAGAGACUUCUACCUCUGGAGUAGAGGACAUCAGUGGGCUUCCUUCUGGAGAAGUUCUAGAGACUUCUACCUCUGGAGUGGAGGACAUCAGCGGGCUUCCUUCUGGAGAAGUUCUAGAGACUACUGCCUCUGGAAUAGAGGAUGUCAGUGAACUUCCUUCAGGAGAAGGUCUAGAGACCUCUGCUUCUGGAGUAGAGGACCUCAGCAGGCUCCCUUCUGGAGAAGUUCUAGAGACUUCUGCCUCUGGAGUAGGGGACAUCAGUGGACUUCCUUCUGGAGGAGAAGUUCUAGAGAUUUCUGCCUCUGGAGUCGGGGACCUCAGUGGACUUCCUUCUGGAGGAGAAGGUCUAGAGACCUCUGCUUCUGGAGUAGGGACUGACCUCAGUGGACUUCCUUCUGGAAGGGAGGGUCUAGAGACUUCAGCUUCUGGAGCUGAGGACCUCAGUGGGUUGCCUUCUGGAAAAGAAGACUUGGUGGGUCCAGCUUCUGGAGACUUGGACUUGGGAAAACUGCCUUCUGGAACUCUAGGAAGUGGGCAAGCUCCAGAAACAAGUGGCCUUCCCUCUGGGUUUAGUGGCGAGUAUUCUGGGGUGGACCUUGGAAGUGGCCCACCCUCUGGCCUGCCUGACUUUAGUGGACUUCCAUCUGGAUUCCCAACUGUUUCCCUAGUGGAUUCUACAUUGGUGGAAGUGGUCACAGCCUCCACUGCAAGUGAACUGGAAGGGAGGGGAACCAUUGGCAUCAGUGGUGCGGGAGAAAUAUCUGGGCUGCCCUCCAGUGAGCUGGACAUUAGUGGGGAAGCUAGUGGACUCCCUUCAGGAACUGAACUCAGUGGCCAAGCAUCUGGGUCUCCUGAUGUCAGUGGGGAAACACCUGGACUCUUUGAUGUCAGUGGACAGCCAUCAGGGUUUCCUGACAUCAGUGGGGGGACAUCUGGGAUUUUUGAGGUUAGUGGGCAGCCAUCAGGGUUUCCUGACACUAGCGGGGAAACAUCUGGAGUGACUGAGCUUAGCGGGCUCUCCUCUGGACAACCAGGUGUUAGUGGAGAAGCAUCUGGGGUUCCUUAUGGCAGUAGUCAACCCUUUGGCAUAACCGACCUGAGUGGAGAAACAUCCGGGGUCCCUGAUCUCAGUGGGCAGCCUUCAGGGUUACCAGGGUUCAGUGGGGCAACAUCAGGAGUCCCUGACCUGGUUUCUGGUGCCACGAGUGGCAGUGGUGAAUCUUCUGGCAUUACAUUUGUGGACACCAGUUUGGUUGAAGUGACCCCUACUACAUUUAAAGAAGAGGAAGGCUUAGGGUCUGUGGAACUCAGUGGCCUCCCUUCCGGAGAGGCAGAUCUGUCAGGCAGAUCUGGGAUGGUGGAUGUCAGCGGACAGUUUUCUGGAACAGUCGAUUCCAGUGGGUUUACAUCCCAGACUCCAGAAUUCAGUGGCCUACCAACUGGCAUAGCUGAGGUCAGUGGAGAAUCCUCUGGAGCUGAGACUGGGAGCAGCCUGCCCUCGGGAGCAUAUUAUGGCAGUGGACUUCCAUCUGGUUUCCCCACUGUCUCUCUUGUAGAUAGAACUUUGGUGGAAUCUGUAACCCAGGCUCCAACAGCCCAAGAGGCAGGAGAAGGGCCUUCUGGCAUUUUAGAACUCAGUGGUACUCAUUCUGGAGCACCAGACAUGUCUGGGGACCAUUCUGGAUUUCUGGACCUAAGCGGGCUGCAGUUCGGGCUGGUAGAGCCCAGUGGAGAGCCACCAAGUACCCCAUAUUUUAGUGGGGAUUUUGCCAGCACCACCGAUGUAAGUGGAGAAUCCUCUGCAGCCAUGGGCACCAGUGGAGAGGCCUCGGGACUUCCAGAAGUUACUUUAAUCACUUCUGAGUUCAUGGAGGGUGUUACUGAACCAACUGUUUCUCAGGAACUUGGCCAAAGGCCUCCUGUGACACACACACCCCAGCUUUUUGAGUCCAGUGGAGAAGCCUCCGCAGCUGGGGACAUUAGUGGAGCUACCCCAGUGCUCCCUGGGUCUGGAGUAGAAGUGUCAUCAGUCCCAGAAUCUAGCAGUGAGACGUCCGCCUAUCCUGAGGCUGGAGUUGGGGCAUCUGCUGCCCCUGAGACCAGCGGAGAAGAUUCUGGGUCACCUGAUCUGAGUGAAACCACCUCUGCAUUCCAUGAAGCUGACCUUGAGAGAUCCUCUGGCCUAGGAGUGAGCGGCAGCACUUCGACAUUUCAAGAAGGCGAGCCGUCAGCUUCCCCAGAAGUGAGUGGAGAAUCUACCACCACCGGUGAUGUGGGGACAGAGGCACCAGGCUUGCCUUCAGCCACUCCCACGGCUUCUGGAGAUAGGACUGAAAUCAGCGGAGACUUGUCUGGUCAUACCUCGGGGCUGGGCAUUGUCAUCAGCACCAGCAUCCCAGAGUCUGAGUGGACCCAGCAGACCCAGCGCCCUGCAGAGGCGCAUCUAGAAACUGAGUCCUCAAGCCUCCUGUACUCAGGAGAAGAGACUCACACAGCCGAAACAGCCACCUCCCCAACAGAUGCUUCCAUCCCAGCUUCUCCAGAAUGGACAGGUGAAUCGGAGUCAACUGUUGCAGCCCCCACCAGGUCCUGUGCAGAGGAGCCCUGUGGCGCUGGGACCUGCAAGGAGACAGAGGGUCAUGUCAUAUGCCUGUGCCCCCCUGGCUACACUGGCGAGCACUGUAACAUAGACCAGGAGGUAUGUGAAGAGGGCUGGACCAAGUACCAGGGCCACUGUUACCGCCACUUCCCAGACCGCGAGACCUGGGUGGAUGCUGAGCGCCGGUGUCGGGAGCAGCAGUCACACCUGAGCAGCAUCGUCACCCCCGAGGAGCAGGAAUUUGUCAACAACAAUGCCCAAGACUACCAGUGGAUCGGCCUGAACGACAGGACCAUCGAAGGGGACUUCCGCUGGUCAGAUGGACACCCCAUGCAAUUUGAGAACUGGCGCCCCAACCAGCCUGACAACUUCUUUGCCGCCGGAGAGGACUGUGUGGUGAUGAUCUGGCACGAGAAGGGCGAGUGGAAUGAUGUUCCCUGCAAUUACCACCUCCCCUUCACGUGUAAAAAGGGCACAGUGGCCUGUGGAGAGCCCCCUGUGGUGCAGCAUGCCAGGACCUUCGGGCAGAAGAAGGACCGGUAUGAGAUCAAUUCCCUGGUGCGGUACCAGUGCACAGAGGGGUUUGUCCAGCGCCACGUGCCCACCAUCCGGUGCCAACCCAGCGGGCACUGGGAGGAGCCUCGGAUCACCUGCACAGACGCCACCGCCUACAAACGCAGACUACAGAAGCGGAGCUCACGGCACCCUCGGAGGAGCCGCCCCAGCACGGCCCACUGAGAAGAGCUUCCAGGACGCACCCAGGACGCUGAGCCCAGGAGCCUGCCAGGCUGACGUGCAUCCCACCCAGAUGGUGUCCUCUUCUUGUCGCUUUUUGUCAAUAAGGAAUCCCAUUAAAGAAGGAAAAAAAUAAAUCCCACAUUGUGUAUGCACCCACUCACCCCUCCAAAUCAGCAAAACCGCAUCUAAUUUGUCCGCCGAAUGCCAAAGCAAAGCAAACUUAUUAUAACCCGUGGAGUGAGUUUAGAGACAUUUCUUCAAUCUCCCAUCGUGCCUUUCCAGGGACCAGUGCAGGGACAGGGGGAGAAGGGGAGGGGUUAAGUUAAAUAAAGAAGAUUAUUUUUGUUUCCUGACUUUAUCCAAGAGCAGUGCAAUCGUUGGUUAUUUCACCUCCAGGGAGAGCUAGGGAGGAGGGAGGAGGGCUCCAAAGGAGCUGGAAGGGGCAGAGGCCUGACAGCAUGAAGAACUCCGAACUGCAGCUGAAUGUAUUGGAUGAGAAGGAGCCAGGAGGGCUGCACCAUCUAUAUGAGGGAGAAGCCUUGGGGGAGAAGGGCGGGUUCCUGCCUCCUGCCGAGGGUAAGCCGGCGGGGGAGAGCCAUCUGAGGGACCUUCCACUGCCUGGGGGUUGGUUCCCUCCAAGGGUCCCUCUUCCAGUGUCCUCUCACCUGGGUCUGCCACCCUAGCAGGUGGCAACUCGGCAGGGCUGCUGGGGGCACUUCCUGCCCAGUGGGGGUGCCACCCAACCUUCUCCCCUCCCCACCCCCGCCCCCGGGACCGUGCAGGCACCAGGGUUCCGUGCACCUAUUUAUAUUUUUGAAAACUGAAGAUUAUGAUAUUAUAAUAAUAAUAAAGACCUUGGAAGAGA